AUGUCUUUUGAAUGCCCCGAUUGUAAAAACAUUAUCACCGGCAGAAAUCGCAACAGCCUUAUGAGACUCCAUGAGUCCGAAAGGGCGAUAAAUGACAUGACAAGCACCGUAACGGAUUUUCCCGAAACAGAGUUUGGUUACAAACGUCAAAAAGUAAACCAAUCAAAUUCAAGUAAUUUGUACCUUCAAUCGGAUGUUGACGUGAGGGAUGAUGUUGUCGUGAAUGACGAUGUUGAUGAGGGAAAGACUGAUUUUGGCAGCCCUUUCUAUGAUGAUAACAAUGAUAUGGAUUUCGAAGUUCCAAAUGAUGAUAACUUCCAUAAAGUAUAUAUUAUCCCCGAAUCGGAUAAUGAUGACUUUGAAAUUAUGCAUAAAAAGAACGAAGAAAUCCAUACCAUUUUCAUGAAGCAUAACGUAACGCAAUCAACUAUAAAUGAUAUAAUGAUUCCUAACUUCUUUCGCAUUGUAAGUACCAGACUUUGUUCAAGAAAGAGUCACCAUUCAGGCCUUUUGCUACUGACAUCUGCCCGGAAACUUGCCAUGUUUACAGCAAUGAUAAUGAAACUGAGUGUCCUAGCUGUAGUACCUCUCGAUUUGAGGAGAAGAAUUUGA